UGACAACGGGCGGCGUCGCUGGGGCUGCUGUCCGGGCUGAAGCCGCUUAUAUCGCUUUGCUGGGAGUCACUGCAGACAUACUGUAUGGGGGCUGAAAAUGGGACGCAAAGCUGCCGCUGCGAUUUUAAUUCGGCUCUUGCUCUGCCCUGGUUAUUUUGAUCUCCUUGCGGGCCUGGAGCUCACCCUGCUGCACACCAACGAUGUUCACGCACGAAUAGAGGAGACUAAUACGGACUCCGCCAGAUGCACCAAAGGGAACUGUUACGCCGGGGUGGCCAGGAGGUUUACUAAAAUAAAAGAGAUAAGGAGUCAGGAGAAGAACGUGCUGCUCCUGGAUGCAGGAGAUCAGUUUCAGGGCACCAUGUGGUUCAACUACUACAAGGGUGCCGAAGCUGCACAUUUCCUGAACAGACUUGGAUAUAACGCCAUGGCCCUGGGGAACCAUGAGUUUGACAAUGGAGUUGAGGGACUAAUUGCACCAUUUCUACAGAACGUGAACUGUACUAUCCUCAGUGCAAAUAUCAAGCCAGAUGCGAGUCUGGCUUCAGGCAUAAGUGGCUACUACUCUGCUUAUAAAAUAUUUGUCAUGGAGUCAGAGAAGGUGGCUGUUGUGGGUUACACAACUAAGGAGACGCCAGCUUUAUCUCAACCCGGCCCCCACUUAAAAUUCGAGGAUGAGGUUACAGCCCUCCAGAUUCAGGUGGACAAACUCAGGACAAUGGGCAUUAACAAAAUCAUUGCACUGGGACACUCUGGCUUCAUGGUGGACAAAGAAAUAGCUAAGAAAGUGCGGGGUGUCGAUGUGGUUAUUGGAGGACACACAAACACCUUCCUCUACACAGGAACGCCCCCAUCCAGAGAAGUCCCAGAGGGCACGUACCCGUUCCUGGUGAGGUCGCACGACGGUCGCGACGUCCCUGUCGUACAGGCCUAUGCCUUUGGAAAGUACCUGGGAUACCUCAAGGUGACCUUCGACAAGAACGGCGACGUAACCGGGGCUACGGGGAACCCAAUACUGCUCAACAGCAGCAUCCCGCAGGAUCCUGGCAUCCGUGCAGAAGUGGAGGACUGGAAGAGGAAGCUUUCUAAUUUUUCCGCAGAAUUUAUUGGGACAACCCUAGUAUAUCUCAACGGAACCUUUGAAGAAUGCCGAUUCCGGGAGUGCAAUCUGGGAAACUUAAUUUGUGAUGCCAUGGUUCAUCACAACAUUAAGUAUGCAGAUGAGGUCCAGUGGAACCACAUCGGCUCCUGCAUCCUAAACGGUGGCAGCAUCCGGGCCUCGAUCGACGAGCGCAGUCGAAACGGCUCCAUCACCAUGGAGGACCUCAUAUCGGUGAUGCCCUUCGGAGGCACGUUUGACAUGGUCCAGGUAAAAGGGUCAACGCUGAUGACUGCCUUCGAGCAUGCUGUCCACCGCUACGGAGGAAACACGGGCGAGUUCCUCCAGGUCUCGGGGAUUCAGGUGGAGUACGACAUGUCGAGACCUCCAGGCAGUCGUGUGACGUCGACUCGGCUCCUCUGUACCCAGUGCCGAGUGCCCCAGUACGAGCCUCUUGACCCGAAGCGGGUCUACAAGCUGCUUAUGCCAUCCUACAUGGUGGAUGGAGGGGACGGCUACUCUAUGAUUAAGAAUGAGAAACUUAAACAUGACAGUGGGGAUCUAGACAUCUCUGUGGUCUCCAGGUAUAUCCAGGAAAGGAAGAAGGUUCAUCCAGCUGUGGAAGGCCGCAUAAAGAUCUCCAACUGGCCCAGGGCGGGGGCGGCUGCGAGGGACCUACCACUGCUCACUCUGGCCUUGGCUUUGGCCACUAGCCUGUGUAGUGUCCCGUCCAUCGCCUGACCACGGUGUCUGCACUGCUGAAGAUCACAGCCAAGAGGCAGUCGGAGCAUGUGACCUCAGAUUCGGCCCACAUGUGGCCUAGACUAGUACCUACAAACGCUAGAACCUGAUGAAGACCUUUUCAUAUUAGGAAAUAGAGCUGUUCUCGGGUUCUUUAGUGCUGUCAGAGUUUAGAACAAUGAAUGGAUACAAAAAGUGACCUCCUGUCUCAAUGCAAAUUCCAUGGAGGCUACUGCUCUGAUGUCAGUCACACGAAGUCCCCUCUGGCCCAGAGCUCACUGUUGCCUUCCUGUGUUUUUAUACUUAAAUUUGAAAGAUGUUUGAAAUGGCGAUUAGAGCCAAGAGGACCAAAUAGGACCUGGAUGAAUUAAUCUUUUAGAAGAAAACUUGACAAAGAAGAUGUGGAGUCGACUGCCCUGUGAGGAUAGACAGAUGUACCACACAUUAAUGCUGAAAUUCACCAGCAGUGUCCCUAAGAAAUAAACAAGACAUUUGUUGGUCCCCAUAACAUAAAAUGUACCAAGUACAUCCAUAUAGCAAAUAGUCAUUCAUAAUGGUAGGUUAUCGAUUCAAAUCAGUUCCUCACAAGAGUUAAAUUGAAUUUUAACUAAAUAAUUUUAAUGCAUCACCAGUGCUUCAAGUUUUCCAUCCAUCCAUCACCAUAACCACUUAAUCCCAACUGGGGUCACCAGAGCCUAUUUCAGGAACAGGCAGAAACCGACCAUGGGCAGCCGCCAGCACACCUCGGGGCACACUCACGCACACACACACUCACGCACACACACACACUCACGCACACACACACUCACGCACACACACACUCACGCACACA